UCCAGAAACCACAGUGGUAAAAACGAGAGUUUUAGAGAGAGAGAGAGAGAGAGAGAGAGAGAGAGGGUGCGUAUGCGUAUAGAGAGAGAAACACUUGCGUCUGAGGCUUGAAGCUUAUCACUACUGUUGUUAUCUACCACCACCAAGUUCUCUCAUUUUCGCUCCAGAAAAGGAAAACUACUAAUGGGGGAGGAAGAAAAGAAGCCAGCGGAAAAGAAAAUGGAGGAAAAGAAACCAGAGGAAGAAAAAAAACCAGCUGAAGGGAAAGAAGAAGGAAAAUCUGAGAAACCAAGCGAGGAAAAGAAAGAAGAGAAGAAAACAGAGGAUUCGAAGGAGACACCGCCGCCGCCGCCGCCGCAAGAGGUUGUGUUGAGAGUCUUCAUGCAUUGUGAAGGGUGUGCCAGAAAGGUCCGAAGAUGUCUCAAAGGCUUUGAAGGCGUUGAGGAUGUUCUGACUGAUUGCAAGACACACAAGGUGGUUGUGAAGGGAGAGAAAGCAGAUCCAUUGAAGGUUCUAGAGAGAGUUCAGAGGAAGAGUCACCGACAGGUUGAGCUUCUCUCACCCAUACCGAAACCACCGGCCGAAGAUGCCAAGAAGCCUGAAGAAAAAGAAGCUCCCAAACCAGAAGAGAAAAAGGAGGAGCCUCAGGUGAUUACUGUAUUUCUGAAAGUUCACAUGCACUGUGAGGCUUGUGCUCAAGAAAUCAAAAAAAGGAUACUGAGAAUGAAAGGUGUUGAGAACGCAGAGCCAGAUCUAAAGGGGUCGCAAGUGACAGUGAAAGGCGUGUUCGACCCACCAAAGCUGGUGGAGUACGUGCACAAGAGAACAGGAAAACACGCAGUGAUAGUGAAGCAAGAGCCAGAGAAAAAAGAGGAAGAGAAGGCAACGGAAGGCAAAGAAGAGAAGAAAGGCGAAGACGGAGACAAAGACGGGAAGAAAGGCGGUGGAGGUGCGGAAGAGAAGAAGGAAGGCGGCGGCGACGCGGCGGCAAAACCAGAUUCUGCGGCGGAGGAGGACGAGAAGUUGGUGGAUGUGAAGAAGAACGAUUUUCACUACUACUACCCACAACAGUACCAGGUUUACCCGGCGAGGUACGCCGCCGAAAUGUACAACCAGUACCCUCCACAGAUCUUCAGUGACGAGAACCCUAAUGCCUGUAGUGUGAUGUAAAAAGGGAUGGAUGUGAGGGGCAAAAUGGGGAUAAAUGACCCCUUUUUAGUCGCUCAAUUGCGCUACAUGUGCCCUGUUUGGAGGGGGAGACUGCAGAGGAACUGUAGAAUUUUGUGAGGAUUGUACUACUUUGUCCCUUUUUCUUUAA